AUGCUGGUACCCGGGAUUUUAGGGUUUCAGGGUUUGGUGUAUGUGUUAUUGGCGUUGGGAUUUGCGGUGAUUCGGCACGUGUGGAGGAAUGCCGAGGCGAAGAGGGAGGGGUCGAUGAUGAUGAGGUCGCUGGAGGAUGCUGACGUGGCGGAAAUGGAGGUUGCUGCGGCGGUUGUGCCGUCGCCGGUGGAGUACUCUUCGCCCGUUCCCGUGAAUGUUUCUCGGUGGUACCAAUGUGCUGUGUGUUAUGCACCUACCACAAUGCGGUGUGCUCGCUGCAAGGCCGAAUUGCAUGUUUGA